UUGAUCUAAGCUUUAUUAUCUCAGUUUGAGAUACCUGGGUUAUGUAAGGGAGGGUAUAAAGCACCUCUGUUCGGGUUCCUUUGUCUUGGCAUCCUAUUUAAAACCAAAAAAAAUCUUGCUUAAGAAAGGACUUGGACAUGGGUCAUCACCACUACCAGAUUUCCUUCAUCAGCAGCUCUCAAAACCUUUAGCAAAGUGGAGACCAAUUUUUGUGUGUUUGAUUUGUGUAGUUGCUGUUCUAAAAUAAUAAAAAUCGAUGCCUUAUGAAACAACAUCACAGAAUGCAUUAGAGAAAAUCUCAGCCUGUUACACUUGCCUGGAAAUAGUUGUGCAGUUCUGUAGAGUUUGCUUUACAAUAGCUGCUCUCUGUAAAUGAUCUCUCAGGACAGAUUUCUUCAGCUUGCUCUAAGGUUUCAGUGCCUUCUGCCAUGUUUCACACAUAUUCCUGGUAACCUCUGAAAAUCAUCAUUUCUGCAGUUCAUGCACUAGGAGUUCAAGCUCAGGCAAGUGCUUGGAGCUGGUGCUGCUGCAGGAAGCAGUUCUGCCUGUACCACCCUCCUGACCUGCUUACAGAUUCUUUUUUUUUUUUUUUCACCUUCCCCAGGCAUCUACAGUGCUGCACAGUGAACACACCACCUGAAAACAGCCAGUGGGAAAACAGGGUCAGGAUGGCCACCUCCACCCUGGAGUACCAGCUGCAGAGUGCCCAGAAGAACCUGCUCUUCCUGCAGCGGGAACACGCCAACACCCUGAAGGGGCUGCACGCGGAGCUGCGCCGGCUGCAGCAGCGCUGCACAGAUUUAACCUAUGAGCUGACUGUAAAGAGUUCAGACUCGUCAGACAGUGGCAGUUCACGAAGUGAUGAACUCAAAAGUAAGUGCAAGGAUCUUGAAGCUCAGCUGAAAAUCAAAGAGGCUGAAAACAGUGAAUUGUUGAAAGAACUUGAACAAAAGAACGCAAUGAUAAUGGUGCUGGAAAAUACUAUUAAAGAAAGAGAAAAGAAGUAUUUGGAAGAGUUAAAAAUGAAAAGCCAUAAGCUCAAUAUGUUGUCCAGUGAACUGGAGCAGAGAGCGAGCACGAUUGCCUAUCUGACCUCUCAGCUGCAUGCGGCCAAGAAGAAGCUGAUGAGUGCCAGCGGGACUUCGGAGGGGACCCCGUCCGGCAGCCCCGUGCUGUCCAGCUACAAACCCUCCCCUCCCAAGGACAAACUGCCGGAGACGCCGCGGCGCAGGAUGAAGAAGAGCCUGUCCACACCGCUGAACCCCGAGUUCGAAGAGGCCUACAGAAUAGGGUCGGAGAGCCGCAAGCUGGUGCUGCGGGAGCCCGUGGAUGCCAUGCCCGAUCCCACGCCCUUUCUGCUGGCCAGGGAAACGGCCGAGGUGCAUCUGAUCAAGGAGAGGCCGUUGGUGAUUCCGCCCAUCCCUUCGGAUCGCGCGCCCGGCGAGUCGCACAGCCCCGCCCGCGAGAAGCCGCACAAGGCGCACAUCGGGGUGGCUCAUCGCAUCCACCACGCCGCGCCCGCGCAGCCGCAGGACGUGGAGAGCCUGGCAGUGGAUCAGGUCCACGGGAGCAAAGUGGUCAGAAAGCACUCGGGGACAGACAGAACUGUCUGAGUACACCACGGAAGCGCUGUUCUGUGCUGGUUAUGCACUGUGAGCCUGUAGGGUAAAUAGCACCUGCGGUGAAGUUUCUUUUGAUGCCCCAUGCAUGCCAAACUCCUCCCGGGUACAUCAUUAAUACAUUUUGCUCUAACGAAA